UGCAUGGUGGUUUCAAAAACUGCCUCCUUAAUUCAGAGAUAACAAUGGUUGGGAAGGCCAGAUCUUCUAAUUUUACCUUAUCUGAAAAGCUUGAUUUGCUAAAACUUGUGAAGCCGUAUGUUAAAAUUCUUGAAGAACAUACCAAUAAGCAUUCAGUAAUAGUGGAAAAAAACAAAUGCUGGGAUAUCAUAGCCGAUAACUACAAUGCCAUCGGAGUAGAUCGUCCUCCUCGUACUGCACAGGGCCUGCGCACGCUGUACAAGAGGCUCAAAGAAUAUGCCAAACAGGAGCUAUUGCAGCAAAAGGAGACCCAUUCAGAUUAUAAAAGCAGCAUUUCUGAGCCAACCAAGAAAGUUGUGGAGAUGAUUCCACAGAUUUCCAGUGUGUGUUUAAGAGACAGGAGCAGUUUUCAAAGUGCUAACAUAGAUAAAGAAACAGUUGCUGGUACCAGUUCCCCACAAGCAGUGUUGGAUCACCAUCCUGCGACUGUCACAAUGGAGUUGGAACCAGAAGAGGAUGUCAAACCUCCUCCUUCCUUGGCUGUAGAUUCACAGCAGAGUGAGGACUUAGAACAAGGAGAAGAACACCAAUUGGUGCAUGUUAUGGAGAGAUCUCCUUCAACUUCACUGUCUUCUGUUGAUAUGAGAAUGAUGUUAUCUUCAUCUCCCAUUCCAAGAAGAGAUGAUUUUUUUAGGCUUGAGGUUGGAGAACGCUUUAGGCCAGCGUGUGGGUAUGAGCCACAGAUGUUGCAAAUGCUGAAAGAGGAGCAUCAGAUAAUCUUGGAAAAUCAAAGAAAAAUUGGGCUUUACGUCCAAGAAAAGAGGGAUGGCUUGAAAAGAAAGCAGCAGCUGGAAGAAGAGCUACUGAAAGCAAAAAUCAAAGUAGAGAAGCUGAAGGCAAUAAGACUACGACGUGAUCUGCCAGAAUACAAUAGUCUUUAAAUAUUUAUCAUCUCUGUCAUGUAAUCUGAGAUGUUUUAUUCUCUGAGAUACUUUAUAAUAAAUUCUUUUGGCCUAGCAAAAUGAUUUUUUUAUGUUAAUUUGGAUGGAUCAGAAUCUAGCCUUGAAAAACGAAUGCAUGUUUUCCAUUUUGUUGUUUAUGUACAUUAGCAAAAAUGUCAAAUGUCUUUCACAGGUUUGAGUCUUCUCAAUAUUUCUAGUCUGAAGUAUAAGCAGAUACUGUAGUUCUAAGUGUGUAAGAUAAAAAACUGCCUUUGGAAAUCUUCCACUGAACUUUUAGACCUGGAACAAGCUAAUGAAAAUUUAGACAGGUGUUCUUAAAGAUGUUGAUUUUAUGCUUUAUUCUUUUUUCAAAGCAAUUCCUAGCCUUUUUAGUAUUCUUUAUGAAGUUAUUUGAAGGUUAAUAAAUGCGUAUAUAUAGAGAGAAAUAAAGGCCAUGUUUCUUUAUAUAUCUUUUUCACUCAUUUUAAAUUAGUAAAGCCUAUGGCAAUGGUGAGAUUUUGCUAAUGUGUUAUAUUAGCUUGGAGAACAUAGGAAACUGACUGGAUUGUUUUAUUUUUUAUUCUCAACUGAGGAAAGGUUGAGUAAAUGCACAUAUCUUUUUAAAAUUUAACACUUUUUAUAUUCGGUGGAUGAAAGUUUAUGUAAGAAUUUCAAAAUAGAGAUGCUGAAGGCAACAUUUAAAUUUUCAGGACUACAUGUAUGCAUAAUUUGUGUGCACAGUUACUGUGAUUGUGUAUUCAGUUGUGGUAAUUACACUGGCAAGUGACUAGGAAGAUAUAUAAUUUGUUCAUUUCCAUGCAUAAUUACUAUGAUACAUGUGCAACCAAGAUAGAUGCUGGUGCAUUUGGAUCAACAUCACUGUUAUGCUAUAGCUACCAAAAUGCAAUAGUUUUCUCUACAUAAAUAAUUUGUGACCCAAAA